ACCAUUUCACCACCCCCACCCCAUAAUCCCGAAACCCAUACCAUACACUCCAAACUAUAGCCGAGAUACAGAUCAAUAAUAAUGGUGAUCAGCGACGUAAACUACGGGAAUCCGACGGUGCACACUCCGCCGUGGCACGUGCUAGAGGAUCGGACGGCCCUGAUGGGCCACUGCGUCCCGGUGAGCGGCGUGACGUGCCGCGGCAACACCGGCGCCGUGUCCCCGUUCGUCCUCGGCGAGGCCGCGCUCGCCGCGCUCCGCCGCUCGCUCGUCCGUCCGCGGCGGCACUACGUCGACGAAUCGUACGACUCCUCGUCGUCGUUGUCGUCGUCGGAGGGGGGGGAGGAGGAGGAGGAGGAGGAGUGGGAGGAGGACUCGUGGGAGGUGUACGCGUCGACGGACGGUUUCCGGAUGUACGAGUUCAAGGUGCGGGCGUGCCGGCGGCGGCGGUCGCACAACUGGACGGAGUGCCCGUUCGCGCACCCGGGCGAGAAGGCGGCCCGGCGGGACCCCCGGCGGUUCACUUACUCGGGCGAGCCCUGCCCGGAGUUCCGCCGGCGCGGGGCCUGCGAGCGCGGCGACGCCUGCGAUCUCGCGCACGGCGUCUUCGAGUGCUGGCUGCACCCCGCCCGCUACCGCACCCAGCCCUGCAAGGACGGCACCGCCUGCCGCCGCCCCGUCUGCUUCUUCGCCCACACGCCGGAGCAGCUCCGCCUCCUACCCCAGCAGCAGCAGCAACAGCAGCAGCAUCAGCANCACACCGCCUGCUGCCCCGCCAGCAAAAGCCGUCGGAGAUCGAUGAAGGAGAAGAGAAUCUUCUCGUCUUCGCCGCGGGUGGAGGCGGCGAUGGCGGAGCUGAGGCUGUGCAAGUCGAUGCCUUCCUCGUGGAAGUAUCGGUGUAAUGCUGCGGGGUUCGAAAGCACCAGCACCAACACCAGCAGCAGCAGCAGCAGCAGCAGCAGCAGCAGCGUGCCGUCGACAAUAGUAAUGGCUCCCGAGCAGCAGUACAGCUGGUGCGCUGAGGAUUCGGUUGAGGAGGAGUCGGCGGCGGCGGCGGAGAUGUCGGCGCCGAAUUUCGAUUGGGUGUCCGAUCUGCUCAAGUAA